AUGCUACAACAUCAAAGCCGUGCCAAUGCAUCAACAGUCAGUAGCGUGGUUCAAAGUAGCCCAAUCGUAUUGGACAAUCGAAAAGCACCACCACCGUUAGAUGCUGAUCGUAUGCGAAUGUACCCACGUAUUGGAAAUCGUCAAAUCGUCGGUUAUGGUUUGAAAGGAAAACCAGAAUAUUUUGAUUUGGUCAUGUUUCCUUGUCCAAGCAUUCGCUGGGAAGCAGAUACGCCAGAAACUGCUGUUUUAAGAAAGAAAGAGCAAGGUGAUUGGAAACAAUUGUCAAUAGACGAAAAGAAACGAUUAUAUCGAGCAAGUUUUCGCCAAACAUUUGAAGAAUUUACAGCGUCUAGUGGUCUUUGGAAAUGGACACUUGGUUGGGGUUUAAUUGCUCUUUCAGCUUUGACCCUUGCAUAUGAUGGUUGGCGACGUUUAGCUUACAAUUUCGAUAAACCUAAUAGUAUGAGUGAUGAGAAAUUGAAACAACAAAUGCAAUUUCAUAUUGCUGCUCGUCAAGGUCCCAUGAACGGUUUAUCAUCGAAAUGGGAUUAUGAAACCGGUACAUGGAAAAAAUAA